CCGCUCGAGCUCCUCCGGGCCGAGCUCGGCUGUUUCCGUGCGCGGCCGCUGCGCACUCGGCACUGGGCGGCGCUGGCUGGCUCCCUGGCUGCGAGUCCUCAGUCGGCGGCGGCUGCUGCUGCCUGUGGCCCGGGCGGCUGGGAGAAGCGGAGUGUUGGUGAGUGACGCGGCGGAGGUGUAGUUUGACGCGGUGUGUUACGUGGGGGAGAGAAUAAAACUCCAGCGAGAUCCGGGCCGCGAACGAAAGCAGUGACGGAGGAGCUUGUACCACCGGUAACUAAAUGACCAUGGAAUCUGGAGCAGAGAACCAGCAGAGUGGAGAUGCAGCUGUAACAGAAGCUGAAAGCCAGCAAAUGACAGUUCAAGCCCAGCCACAGAUUGCCACAUUAGCCCAGGUAUCUAUGCCAGCAGCUCAUGCAACAUCAUCUGCUCCCACCGUAACUUUAGUACAGCUACCCAAUGGGCAGACAGUUCAAGUCCAUGGAGUUAUUCAGGCGGCCCAGCCAUCAGUUAUUCAGUCUCCACAAGUCCAGACAGUUCAGUCUUCCUGUAAGGACUUAAAAAGACUUUUCUCCGGAACUCAGAUUUCAACUAUUGCAGAAAGUGAAGAUUCACAGGAGUCAGUGGAUAGUGUAACCGAUUCCCAAAAACGAAGAGAAAUUCUUUCAAGGAGGCCUUCCUACAGGAAAAUUUUGAAUGACUUAUCUUCUGAUGCACCAGGAGUGCCAAGGAUUGAAGAAGAGAAGUCUGAAGAGGAGACUUCAGCACCUGCCAUCACCACUGUAACGGUGCCAACUCCGAUUUACCAAACUAGCAGUGGACAGUAUAUUGCCAUUACCCAGGGAGGAGCAAUACAGCUGGCUAACAAUGGUACCGAUGGGGUACAGGGCCUGCAGACAUUAACCAUGACCAAUGCAGCUGCCACUCAGCCGGGUACUACCAUCCUACAGUAUGCACAGACCACUGAUGGACAGCAGAUCUUAGUGCCCAGCAACCAAGUUGUUGUUCAAGCUGCCUCUGGAGAUGUACAAACAUACCAGAUUCGCACAGCACCCACUAGCACCAUUGCCCCUGGAGUUGUUAUGGCGUCCUCCCCAGCACUUCCUACACAACCUGCUGAAGAAGCAGCACGAAAGAGAGAGGUUCGCCUCAUGAAGAACAGGGAAGCAGCACGAGAGUGUCGUAGAAAGAAGAAAGAAUAUGUGAAAUGUCUAGAAAACAGAGUGGCAGUGCUUGAAAACCAAAACAAGACACUGAUUGAGGAGCUAAAAGCACUUAAGGACCUUUACUGCCACAAAUCAGAUUAAUUUGGGAUUUAAAUUUUCACCUAUUAUGGUGGAAAAAGGACUGGCUUGGCCAUAACCAGAAAGACGAAAUAAACAUUUAUUUUCUAAACAUUUCUUUUUUUCUAUGCGCAAAACUGCCUGAAAGCAACUACAGAAUUUUCAUUCAUUUGUGCUUUUGCAUUAAACUGUGAAUGCUCCAACACCUGCCUCCACUUCUCCCCUCAAGAAAUUUUCAGCACCACGAAUCAUGAAGAGACUUCUGCUUUUUAUCCCCCGCCCUCUUCAAGAAGUAAUAAUUUGUUUACUUGUAAAUUGAUGGGGGAAAUGAGGAAAAGAAAAUCUUUUUUUAAAUGAUUUCAAGGUUUGUGCUGAGCUCCUUGAUUGCCUUAGGGACAGAAUUACCCCAGCCUCUUGAGCUGAAGUAAUGUGUGGGCCGCAUGCAUAAAGUAAGUAGGUGCAAUGAAGACGUGUUGAUUGCCAAAUUGACGUGUUUUCACAUUUUCAUUGUGAAUUAUGUAAGAUUGUUAAGAGACAUACCCUCUAAAAAAAGAAUUUUAGGAUGGUGUUGAAGAAAUUAAGAAUGAAUUUGGAGUGCUUUCUAUGUACAUUCUCUUCAAUACUGAAAACUUGUCCUUGGUUCUUAAAAAUAUUCUGUAUUAACUACAGCUCUUCCAUAGGGCAGUUUGUUGCUUCUUAAUUCAAUUCUGUAUGUGUUCAACAUUUUGAAUACAUUAAAAGAAGUAACCAACUGAAUGAAAAAGCAUGGUAUUUGAUUUUAAAUUAAAUCAAAGUAAGUAAAAGUACAAAGCUUGUUCUAGUUUAGUACUAAAUUCUUAGUAAAAAGAUGCUCAUUAGUAAACCAAUCCCUUGAGUUAUAUAACAAGGUUUUUAAAUAAAUGUUUUUGUCAUCGCCUUCAAAAAUAUUUAUAUUGUCACUCAUUUACUUUAAAAGGUUUUUCUAAUUAAACUGUUCCCCUUUGCACUUAUAUUAUACCACCAACAGGAAAGCCUUCAAGAUGUUAAAGCAAAGUGCUGUAUUUGUUAUAAAGUGUUAACGUGUUGUAGAAAAAUACUGAUUUUAAAUCUUUUCCGUAUUAACAUACUUUAACAGAGUAGUGAAUUUUUUAAUGAAAGAAGUUAUAAGGAUAUAGUUCUUUUAAAGUACAGUAUUAGAUAUGCACAAGGAAAAUAAUUUUCUUCAGACAUAUUUGAAUGACUGCUGUACUACAAUAUUUGGAUUGUCAUUCUUGCAAAACAUAUCUUUGUUGUUUUCUUCUAUUGAUAAAAAGGAUAGCUAUGCUUUAGCUUUCCAAUAUGCUAUAUAUACCCUUUGUUAUUCUGUAAAGGAGCUACCUGUUUUAAUUCCUUACCUAUAACAGUCUGUAUUUGUAUGUAUCACACAUUGUUUCCAGUACUACUUUUAAUUACCAAUACUCAUUUUAUUCACUAAGCUUGAUAAAUUUAAAAGUUACCCUUUAAAAAAAAAUAAGACUGAGGUGGAUUUGAAAAAUUGGAGAUUGACAUAAUGUUAGAUUAUAAUUUCUCAUUUGAGAAGGUAUUCCUUUUUUAAAAGAGAGUCUAGAAUUUAAUGUUUUAUAUUUAGUCAUGGGUUGUUUUUAAAAGUUAAGUUUGUUAAUGUGUUAACAAAAUAUGCAGAUAUGGGUGUUAAUUAUUGAGUCCAUUUUGAAAAGUAAGAUUUUUAAUUAAUAUUUGUAAAUGGUAUAUUUUUAUUUGUAACAAACCGUUGUCUUUUUUCAAGGAUGAACAGAGUUUAUGAAGGAGCACCAUUCUAAGAAUUGAGUGAUGUAGUCUUAUAUCUGGACAGUUCGCCAGAUUCUCAAGAAGGCUUUCAAACGACUGUAAAUUUUGUUGUUUAUCCUGCUGAGCUAAUGGGGAAAGUUAUAGUGUAAAAAUUAUUUGUAUACCUGCAUAGAUGUGUCAUUUUCCAAAACUGGUUUAAUAGAAACCAAGCAAAAUCACAAAUCUGUUCACAAACUAGAAGUCUUUCUUUGAGGCAGAAUGUCACACCUGAACAUUUUAAAAGUCAUAAGCUUUAUAAAUGAAAAUUGCCUAGUAUUUAGCAAGUUAAAUGUUUUCAAAAGUUGAGGCUUUCUAUUUAAUUAGAAAGUUGGUGGUCCUCUUAGUCCCUGAUAAAUCAAGGCAAGUCACAUCCAUAUUAGCUGGCUGAAUUUAUAAGUUAUAAGAGACUGAUUGCACUGGUUUGAAGUCAGUUACUUAAUGGUGAGGUAAGAAAUGUAUUCUGUUGCUAAAUCUGUUUAGACCCUUGGAGAGAUUUGAAGAUUUCAGUUUAUACAGAUAGAAAUUAAGCAUAUUUUGAGCAAACUUUUUUUAAGAGAAUUGGGAAAAAGGUGUUUGUUUUUAAGCAUGCAACUUUGAGAAUCUUUGUUAAGAAAACAGCAUAAUUUUUAAAAAUCUUAUAGCCAAUAACAUGUGGCCACAUUAUGUUUUUUCUCUUCAUUGGCCAAAAGGGAAUAAAAAUGUCAUCAUAGGAAUCUGUACAUAUGCUACUGAUUUGCCUAGAAAAUAGCAAGUUUGGUAUUGCUCACUUUGCAAAUAUAGGGCCAUGUGGCACUUUUAUCUAUAGGACAGAUUAACUCUAAUAAAAAUGAAGUGGGAGGGGUUUAUUUUUUAUAUAUUGCUCUUAUGAGUUUUCAAGCUUUGAUAGUGUUUAACUGAAAAGUGGUUUAGAAAGGGCUAGAUCCAAUGUGUUCACAUUAUUAAAAAUUGAUAUCAGAUGUAAUUUUUAAGUUCAUUUUUCAAACUCAAGUACCAUAUUGGCAACCAUAAUAUUGUCAUAGGUGCUCUGUUGAUUUAGAUAUUCCUGGCGGGGGGGGGAAUGGCAUUUGUAUAAUAUAUGUGUACAUAUAUAUAUAUAUACAUACAGUAUAUAAUCUGAAGCUCUGAGAGCUCUUAAGUCAGGAAUGCUGAGUAUUAUAGUAUACUGAGGUCAGAUGAAAUUUUACAUUUUUGUAUAUUUUAUUGCAUCACUUUUGGUAGUUUCUUGGACUGAAUUACCCCAGCACUCAUGAUUGAUGUUUUUUAAUCUCCUGGUUUUUUUUAAUUGUCAGUUUUCUUUGGCUUGAUACUUUUAAAUAUGUUACCAGUCACUUGAACCACCACCACCCCCACCCCCCCACAAAAAAGUAUUUGGUUUUUGUGCUUUGUCUCUGGCAGCUAUAACAGUGGUAAGAACAUUUUGAAGAUAGCUUCUAAAAGGUACCACUGAUUUUUCAAAAAUCAUCCUGGGGGAGAAUUUUUGGUGUUUUCAUUGGAGCAGGGAUUUUUGUCAGAAAAUGUAUCUUGAUGGCAAGUCAGCAGCAGUGCUAGUAUCUGAAAGCACAAUGCCAGUCAGGCAGGCUGUCCGAUCAGAAGUCAUCUGGCUGAAGUUUAUCUCUGUCUCUCAGGCCUAAUCCCUGAUCCUUUUGACCAUUUGGGGUGACAUGUGGAAUCAUACAAAGGCUUAGGAAGAAACAAGUUUGUUUAAACCAGGAUGCUUUUACUUACUUUAAGUGACUUCAAUCUAGAUUUCAUUUUUAAUGUUUUUAGUUCUGUGAUCAGCUGUAGUCAGCUAUCAGCAUAUAUUGUUCUCUUUAUUUUGAAGAUCAGAAGCCUGCUUAAUUUUGCAGGAUUAAAAUAAGGCUAAUAUCUUAAAGUUAAGAUUUUGAAUCAAAGUGGGUUUUAGAGACAACUGUUAACACACCUUUUCAGUUUUUCCAAGAGGCUUUAUUUGUUGCCAUUGUAACCCUGAAAGCUGUUGGUAAUUGUUUCCCAUUGACUUAAUACAAAAGUUGUAUAUUUAUUUGGAUUAUUUUUACAUUAUAUUCUUUGUAAAUGUUUGGUGUAACAUGCACUUUUAAAAAUGACCCUGUUUGGGUAUUAGCAAACUUGAGAAAUUCCCUCAUCAAUUAAUUGUCAUCUGACUUUUUAUGUCUUUCUCCUCUCUUCAAAUCAUGUGGCUUUUUUUAUGGCAGCUUUUUUCAUUGAUUAAAAUAUUUUAACACCUAAAGGCUAGCCUUAUAAAUGCUGUAAAAGAAAAAUAUCAGGAAAUUAGAUUAGACUAGCCCAGUUAAUUAAAAGAUGGGUUCAAACCCUAUCUUACUGUCUUUCAUCAUGGAUAAAGAUAGAAGGAAAAGCAACUCAAGUGAAUAAAUAUUUAUUUCCAAUUUUAAGACUGUCCACACCCCAACAUUAAUACUGUUUAUAGAAUCCCAAGAUAUCCUUGAAUUUACCUAGAACAGUAAAAGACUUCUCAAGGCAAUUAAUCAUUAUUAUCAUGGAGAACACAUGUAUUAAUUUGAUUAAAUUUUUUCACUUUAAAUUGUCUUUGUUAACAUCACAUUUGACUGAUUUCAGAUGAGGAGGGGAAAAGUGAGGUAUGCUUAAGUAAGCCUGUAGGUGAAGAAUUGUGGUACAAAUUUGUUCACUCAGUUGUACAAAGCACAACUAGAACUUUUUGUUGGAUGGCUUACAUACAUUUUGAAUACUUUUAAUGUUGAUAUGUUGACUUUUUUAAGUUGACUGCACAGUCACUGUAUGUACUAGGAACUGGUUUCCUUGACUUUCUAAAAUCAACGGCUAAGAGAGGCACUAAUCCCUGAGGGGUCGAACAUAUCAUGAAGCUGAGUCAGUAUGGAAGAAUUUCAAAUAAAUCAAACAGGGUGCUGAAGUUCCAUCUGUCUCAUCUGCUUAUGAUAAGUUCUUAUUGAUUAGUGAAUGUAACUUAAGCCUUUGUAUGUGUCCUCGGGGCAAACUUUAAGAGGGACCAGAUAACGUUUGAAUGGAGGGAUUAUAUUUCAGGUGUUUUAGCUUGAAAUUUAUUUUUUAAAAAAAUUAAAAUAGGAAAAAAAAUAGAACAAAGCCUGUGAAGCAAUUUGAUAUUAUAAACAGGCUGAGUUGUUUAGCACAGAGAGAAAAUAUUGACCUGUCUGCAUUCUGGUACUGUGCACACAGGUCCUAGCUGGGUAAAACACGAUCCAUUUUGAGUUAUUCUGACCAGCAAGUAAAAGGAAAAUGAACAGUCUUCAGGAAAUGUCUUUUUGAAAGGGUCAUACAGUAGGAAAUUCAAAUUUUACCUACUUUAUAGAGGCAUUAUUUAAUACUUGCCUACAGAAGUAUGGCAUUUCUAAGCUUGUGUCUGAGGAGCAUCUCAGAGAUGUGAGAGUAAAUCUAAAGUAGUUAAAAAAUUGGUAGGGAAGGAAGACAAUCCCUGCAGAUAAUGAUCUUACGUUAGUUGGCUGAGUGAAAUGAUCUAUCGUUGUGUUUGGGAGGUUUUAUUUUCUUAUUUUUUUAAAAUUGAAUUGGUAUAUGCUUUAUAGACAUUGUAUUUUUAUCCAGGUGCCACUCCAAUUUGUGUAUGUAAUAAAAUUAUUUAUAUUAAAAGUGGGAAAUAAUUUGUCAACAUUUUUCUGUGAGUAUAGGUUAGGAUGGCAAAGAAGAGUGCUAGUUUGCCGUUUUCCAUGUAAAAUCCCUGACUGAUUUGUCACGUCAGUUGUCAUCCCCCCCAAGAAGAGGAAUUAUUUCUAACCUAGCUGUAUCACUUGAAACUUUAGAAGCAAAAUAAUCAGGGAAGUUUCUAGAGAGAAAGAUGUUUGUUUGGGUUUUUGGUUUUGGUUUUGUUUUUAUUUUAUUUUUUUGGUUUUUGCUUGAGGAUUGGGGUAAAGAAUACCUCCCCCCAGAACUAUCAGCACAAAACAGGGUAUUGAUUUUUAACUCUGAUGUUGCUAUUGGAGUUGAAUACUAAAUAAGUAACUAUAGUGAGGGAAAUACAUUUCUAAUAAAAUUCCCUACAAUCUAGAAACAUCCCUGUUUUAAUUUUUUUUUACCUAAAUCUUUUUGUGCUUUAUCUGUGUAAAAAGAAAAAUGUACUGAGCUAUAAUGGAUUUUAUUAACACUAUGUACAUAUUAGCUGCUUUGUGUUCAGAAUGGUAGCAAUUGCUUUGUAUAUUAAAGUGAUCCUUGUGAAUUUGUGAAAUAUUGUCAUAAAGUGCUUUUUCUUACUGUAAUCUUUGUGGUAUCAACUGUCAUAAUACCCUUUUUACACAAACAUUUAUGUGCAGUCACAUAAACAUGCUUUUAAAAACUC